UAAUGCCAAAUGCCAACUCAUAACAAGGCACAAUGUAUGUCCACUUCUCACCACUUCCCUUCUUAUUCUUCCAACUAUAAUAUCUCAACCACCUCUCCCUCCCUCCCUCCCUCUCUCUCUCUCAUUUUUCAUUUCUCUCUCUCUUAACUCAAAAAUGGCCUCCUCCGAUGAGCCCAAGAAAAUAGAGUCUGAAGAAUCUCCCUCGGAGCCCCCUCCGCCGGCUGCGGCUGAGCCAACCAAAGACGACGUGGCAGAGGAGAAAUCAAUUAUCCCCUUACCCCCACCGGAGGACGAGAAGCCCGCCGAUGACUCCAAAGCUCUCGCAAUCGUUGAAAAAAGUGAUGAAAAAGCAGAGGAAAAAGAGAAAGAAAGUGAAGGCUCAAUUAAUAGAGAUGCUGUACUUGCAAGAGUGGCAACAGAAAAGAGAUUGUCACUCAUCAAAGCUUGGGAAGAGAGUGAAAAAUCAAAGGCAGAGAAUAGAGCUCACAAAAAGCUGUCAGCAAUUGGGUCAUGGGAGAACAGCAAGAAAGCAGCUGUUGAGGCUGAACUAAAACAGAUUGAGGAAAAAUUGGAGAAAAAGAAGGGAGAGUAUAUAGAGAAAAUGAAGAACAAAAUAGCACUGAUACACAAAACAGCAGAAGAAAAGAAGGCUGUUAUUGAAGCAAAGCGUGGAGAAGAGAAGCUGAAGGCAGAGGAAAUUGCUGCCAAACACAGAGCCACUGGAACUGCUCCUAAGAAGAUUUUCGGUUGUUUCCAAUUUUAAAUUAAAACUAUAUUUGUGAAAUUUGGUUUUUCUUUUUUUUAUUAUUAUUAUUUAUUUCUUCAUUGUGAUGGGUGUUUAAAUUUGUUUGUAUUAUUGUUUCUUUUAAUUAUAAUAUCUACUUUCUUUAUGUAUAAUCAAUAUAUAUAUAUAUAUAUAAAUUGUUGUGAUAAUUAUUAA